UUGCUGGGAGAAAGUAAAGUUCUGCACCCAACAAAAGAUACAAUGGUUGGCUACACCUGACAAUGCAGGAUGUGCUAGUGAAAAGUCAAUAAUCAACCAGGCUGUUCAUAAAUCAGUGCCAGCUCUCCCACAGUGGACCAGAGCCUCCUAUAAAACUUCUGCCAGCCUCUCCCUGGGCACUUAGGUUAGACAACAUGGCAAAGACAUCCCUUUCUUCUGUUGUGAUAAUGCUUACAGUAAUGGCACAAAUAGGAAGAGGGGAACCUGGCAGCUCUGGCAGAGUUUCUAGGUGUGGAGAGCGUCCUGCAGUCAAUUCGACUUUAUAUUACAGUCUUCUGUCUCGUAUUGUUGGAGGGACCGCCGCAAAGAAAGAGGAAAGUCCAUGGAUAGCAUCUUUAAAGAAAGAUGGGAAACACUUCUGUGGUGGAACCGUUAUUAGUGACAAAUAUGUACUCACAGCUGCUCACUGCGUAAUAGACAAAAACAUUGGCAGUUAUUUGAGAGUGUUUGUCGGUGACCAUGAUUUUACUGUUAAAGAAAGCUCUGAACAGAGUUUCUCCAUAAAAGCUAUUUUCAAGCAUCCCAACUUUAAUCCAAGCAAACCCUUCAACUAUGACAUUGCAAUAUUGGAGCUUGUAGGACAAAUCAAAUUUGGUAAAAAUAUCCAACCAGCAUGUCUACCAAACCCAGAUGAUGUAUUUUCAGCAGGAUCUCUGUGUAUUACUCUUGGUUGGGGACGUCUUCAGGAAAAUGGCAAGUUACCUAGCAGCCUGCAACAAGUGACAUUACCUCUUAUUGAGUACAGAAGGUGUUUGAACAUCAUGGAAUCUGUGGAUCGCCGUUUGGCAUUUGAGACAGUGGUUUGUGCAGGAUAUCCAGAAGGGCAAAAAGAUGCAUGUCAGGGUGACUCAGGGGGUCCUUUUCUCUGCCAGAGGAGCCAUGGAAGGUGGGUUUUGGUUGGUGUAACCUCUUGGGGAUUGGGAUGUGCCCGUAAAUGGGCAGAAAAUGCUUUUAACCCACCAGAAAAGAGAGGAUCACCGGGUGUUUUCACAGAUAUUCAGAGGAUUCUGAGCUGGCUCAGUGAAAACCUCAACCAAGAGAAAUCUGAAGUGCGUGCGUAUAAAGUGCAGUGCAGUACAGAUGAUGGAUUCCUGAAAGGAAUGACAGGAGAAAUAAUGCUUCCAAAAGGCACCAAGAAAUAUUAUUCCAAUAAUGAAAAGUGUGUCUGGACAAUUAUCGUCCCUAAAGGAAAACACAUUCUUCUGAUCUUCAAUCAAUUCAAUAUUGAAUGGGAUUAUUCCUGUGACCUAGAUUACCUGGUGAUCUAUUCUGCGUUAGGACAUCUCAUUGGGAAAUUCUGUGGGGAUGUGAAGCCCCGGCCAUUACUCAUCACUAAUACAAGCGUCACUCUGAAAUUUCACUCCGAUUUUCAGGAAUACAAAACUGGAUUUUCACUUUCAUAUUUAGCAGUAGAACCAAACCUAUACCCAGCUUCUGAUUGUGGAUCAGUCGCAGUCAUAUUUGAAGAAGGAAAAAUUCAAACUAUGAAUCAUCCAUGGCCAUACAGCAGCCAUGCACAUUGUCAGUGGGUUGUGCAGAGUCCAGUCAAUCACGUCAUCAUGUUAACCUUUCUAGCAUUUGAGAUUGAACCUGGAGAAGAAUGUAUUUUUGAUCGCUUGGUUGUUUAUUAUGACCUGCAAGGAACCAUGGUUGCAGGAAUUUUCUGUGGAUUUGAAACUCCUGAGCCAAUUCUUAGUGUCUCCAACGUCAUGCAGAUCACAUUCACCUCUGAUAAUUAUGGGAAUUUCAAGGGGUUUCAAGCAGCCAUUUCAUUUGUGCCUUCAUCUGCUUACAUUAAGCCUGGGAUACAGUGGAAAGAACAUCAUAAGCCACGGAAAAGUCAAGAUACAAUGGAACACUUUGAUCAUGUUUGUGGAGUAUCGCCACGCCAACCCCGUUUCAACCAACCUAGCAUAGUUAAAGCAGGAGAAGCAAUGCCCAAUUCAUGGCCCUGGCAUGUCAGCAUCAAUUUUGGUGAUAAACAUGUGUGUAAUGGAGCAAUUGUGUCUGAGACAUUUGUCCUUACAUCGGCCAACUGUGUGGCAGAAAGAGAGGUGUUCUACAACAUAGGGCUGGUUGCUGCAGGGCUGCAUGAUCUGGAGUCAUCCAUAAAUGCUCAGAAGCGACCAGUGAAACAAGUUUUUACACAUCCGCAAUAUGACCCGUCAACAAACGACUUUGAUGUGGCCCUAAUUCUCUUAGAAGAGCCAUUCCAGUACAACUACUACGUACAGCCUAUAUGUCUCCCAGAUGAACAUAGCAAGCUGGAAACAUCUGACCUAUGUGUGGUGUCUGGAUGGAAUCUUAAUAUUGAGCUAUCUACAAAACUUCAACAGUUGGAAGUCCCUGUGCUCCUGAAUGAUGUGUGUAAAGAAUACUAUAGGGACAUAACAUAUCGGAUGUUUUGUGCUGGGGCUCAAGUGGGAGAAGACAAUACUUCUUGCUCAGCACAGUCUGGAGCACCACUAGUUUGCCUGUCUGAUAAAGGCAUUUACUUUAUCUUUGGCAUUGUGAGCUGGGGCGUUGGAUGCACUGAAAGCCCAAAACUUGGAGUGUACAGCAGAGUUCCCUCAUUUAUUCAAUGGAUAAGGAAAACGGUUCACUCAGUUGAAGGAGCUGCAGACACUGAUCCUGAGCCCAGGCAUCCAUCCAUUCCUUUGGAACAGCUUCAUAAACUUUUCCAGGAGAAAGCCCUACAGCCAGAAAGUCCUCCAUCCAAUAGUUCCAGCUCCUCACAGAAUAUUUAUGUACCUUGUAAAGAUGUCAUGUCACUACAAUCGCCGGGGGAAAUCAAAUUGGUAGCCAGUGGCCAGGACAAUCCUGAAGGUAUCAGGUGCCAACUUAUAUUCCAGGCUCCCAAAGAUCAUUUUAUUUUGCUCAAUUUUAAGCAAUUGAAUACAUCACAUGAGCAGUGCUCCCUGGUCAUUUAUGAAGGAGAAUCCAGCAACAAAACAUUUAAAGCUCAAGUGCCAAAGGAGAAGAUCCCUCUCAUCAUGAAGUGUACAGGUCUGGUUGUCACCAUAGAAGCCACCACCCCAGCCCAGGAUUCUGAGCUUCAACUUUGGUUAUCUUAUACCUCCCAUGAACAGAAUUAACAGAAUUAAUGCCAGAGCAAAAUCUGCGCACAAAAACAUUUACAGAUAUAUAUGUUUUUUUUUUUUAAUGUUCGGAUUACUCAAAAUUACUUUAAUCUUGCAUCCCACUAUCCCAAAAAGAUUUGCAAUCUGGCAGUGGUGUACAGUAUAUAUAGUGAAUUCAAUGCUUCAGGAAAUAAAUUCAACUUUUCCCCCAUCAUUCUGCACUCAAUAAUAAUGACAGUGAGAAUAGAUAUUGUAUUGUUAUAUUGUAUUAGUAUUUAGAUCCUUUGCUUAGUUGAAGCACCGACUACGGCCUCCAGUUUUCUUGGUUUGCAAAUCUGGAUUUGGGGAUUUUCAGGUUUCUCCAGAGAUGAUCGAUUAGGUCAGGGCUAUGGCUGGGGUACGCAGGGACAUUCACAGAGUUGUCCCUAAGCCACUCCUGUGUUGUUUCGGCUGUGUGCUUAGAGUCAUUGUGUUGUUGGAAGGUGAAUCUUCAGCUCAGUCUGAGGUCCAGAGUACUCUGGAUCAGGGUUUUAUUAAGAAUAUGUCUAUACUUUGUUCCAUUCAUCUUUCCCUUAACCCUGACCAGUCUCCCUCUCCCAGCCUCUAAAUACUCCCCCACAGCAUGAUACUGCUUCACUGUAGGCCAAAAACAUCAAUCUUGGUUCUCACUAUGUUAGAGUCCUUUAGGUGCAAACUCCAGAUUAGCUUUCAUGUGUCUUUUAUUGAGGAGAGUGCUGCAGUGAAGGUUAACUCUUUGGAUGUUUAUCCCAUCUGGAUCUUUGGAGUUUAGCAAGAGUGGCCAUUGGGUUCUUGAUCAUCUCUUUUAACAAGCCCUUCUUCUCAAAUUACUUUGUUUGGUGUAGAAGGUCAGCUCUAGGAAGAGUCCAGGUUUUCCUAAACUUCUAUUCAAGAAUUAUGGAGGCCACUGUGCUCUUGGGAACUUUCAGUGCAGCAGAUCUUUUUUAGUACCCUUUUCCAGAUCUGUGGCUUUACACAAUCCU